UACAAACAUAUUAAAAGUCUAUAUUUACAUAAAAAUACCGAUCAUUUAAAUGUGAGAUUUGUUUGUGAUUUCAAUGAAUGCCACAAAAGUAAUUUGAAUGAACACAUGAAAAGACAUUUGAAUAUAAAAAGCCAUAAAUGUAUUCAUAAUAAUUGUAAUCAACGGUUUGUUACAUCGAGUGAAUUGAAACAACACGCAUUCAAACAGCGCAAGUAUAAUACAGGUAUGGAAAACAUAAGUGUUAGUGAAAGUGUUUUGUGUGAAGCGAUUGAAUGCGAAAAUAAUGAUUAUUUUUCAAUCAAUCAAACAAUUGAUUGCAAUUCAUGUAAAAUCAGUGAUAAAAUGCUAAACAAUUAUCAUAUCAUUACUAAAUCUGAUGAUUAUUUACACUGUUUUUGGCCUAAAUGUCAAUAUAAAACAACUAAUAAACAUUGUAUUAAUUCACAUCAAUUAAUUCAUUCAAAAAUAAAACAAUUUAAAUGUGAUUUUAAUAACUGUAAUAAGGUUUUCGCACACCGAGCUGGAUUAAUUCGACACAAUAAUGUCAGUCAUUUUAAUGUGAAAUUUAUUUGUGAUUUCAAUGAAUGCCACAAAAGUUUUACAACAAAACAGUAUUUAAUUCGACACAAAAGUUGUGUUCAUUUAAAUGAAAGUAAAUUCAAAUGUAAUGAAGAAAAUUGUGGCAAAAGUUUUGGUUUGAAAUCAAAUCUAAUUCGACACAAACGCAUACAUUCGGUAUUAAAAUCAUUUGUUUGUCAUUUUAAUGAUUGUGACAAAAGGUUUGCCCAGAAAUCUGAAUUAAUAUUACAUACGAAAAGACAUCUGAAUAUAAAACUUCAUAAAUGUAUUCAUAAUAACUGUAAUCAACGCUUUGUUACAAAACAGGAAUUACAGAAUCAUUAUUUGAAAAUACAUAAA